AAUAUUAUGAAAAAGGAAUUAAUUAAGAGUGUAUACAAAUAUAUAUAUGUACAUCUAAAAUAAAAUACGCGUUUUAAUGUAAUAUCGAGUCUGUAAAUUAGUAGCUGAUGAAAUUUCCCUAGCCGACGGCGUCGAGAUCGCCCGUCAACUUUUUCCCUUUCACGCUAUCCCGUUGACAAUAUUAUAUCACCUCUUUCUAGUCUGUAUUUAAUUAAUUCAUUUAAUUUGUAUAAAACCCAAUUACGUUGUUGUAUGUAACUGCAUUUUCAAGCACCCAUAAUAAUCAUUGACUUCAUUACUGAUUUUAGCAUCAUCAUGUUGCUUUCUUCUGAAAGAAACUAACAACAACAAGAACAAGAACAAGGAAAAGAAUAAUGGGAUCUUCGAGUAACGGCGGUGUUCCGCCAGGGUUUAGGUUUCAUCCAACAGAUGAAGAGUUGCUUCACUAUUAUCUCAAGAAGAAAAUCACGUUUCAGAAGUUUGAUAUGGAGGUCAUUAGAGAGGUUGAUUUGAAUAAGAUGGAGCCUUGGGAACUCCAAGAGAGGUGUAGAAUAGGAUCAACCCCACAAAAUGAAUGGUACUUCUUUAGCCAUAAAGACAGGAAAUACCCAACAGGAUCAAGGACUAACAGAGCUACAAAUGCUGGAUUUUGGAAAGCAACGGGGAGAGAUAAAUGCAUCAGAAACACCUUCAAGAAGAUUGGUAUGCGUAAAACCCUUGUUUUUUAUCGAGGAAGAGCUCCACAUGGUCAGAAAACUGAUUGGAUCAUGCACGAAUAUCGCUUGGAAGAUACUGAUGACCUUCAAGGAACAACUACUGGGGAAGACGGAUGGGUGGUAUGUAGAGUGUUCAAGAAGAAAAACUUGUUCAAAGUUGGAAAUGAGCAAGGAGGGGCUACAGCAAGUGCUACCUCUGAUCAGCUUUUAUACAACCCCACAGGAUCAAACUGUAACGACCAAUCACGUCCAUUUAUCAGAUCAGAUCAUACCAACAACCCUCAUUACCAGCAUCAUCUCCUCCAACGCAAUGAUCCUCAACCAACCUCCUCCUUUGAUCUCUACAUGAAGCCUGACCUUGGUCUUCACAGCUACUCCCACCCACACCAGAUUGCAGCUCUUUCUCAUCCUGACCAUUACACUACAAACCCUCACCAUCUCUACCAAGCUACUGGUGCAUGUGAGGCAGGGCCCAUUGCCCUAGAAAUAGGCCCGUGUGAGUCGUCAAACCCGCAUCAUCAAGGGAUCAAUGAGUGGACAAUGCUGGAUCGUGUGGUUGGUCACCAGCAGGAUGAUGAUCAACAGGCAAGUGCUGAUAACUUGACUUCUGCAGUGCAUGAGAUGAACCAGCAACAACAACAACAUCAGCUUUCUUUACGUGGUGAAAUGGAUUUCUGGGGUUAUGCAAAGUGAUUUUAUUUUUGCAUUCUUUUCUUUUUAAUUAUUUUUAUACUCCACUAUUAUUUUUAGAUUUUAAUUUAAACAUUAUAUAUGACUUGUGAAUUGUGAUGUAAAUGAAUUGAUUUCCAUGCACAAAGUUUAACCUGUUUGCAUAUACUGGAUUGUUUGCUGCAUGUCGACAAUUUGUUCAUAUUGCAUUAUAGUCAUUGAUUAGGAUAAUUUAUUAUGUAUGUGUAUGAAAUUAAACUGUAAACUGUGAAUUAAUUAAUAUUUACUGCAGCUUUAUAACUCAGUUGAUAUUAUUUAACGGUACCAUGAUAUUUGCUACAUACACCCAAAGUUAAUUUAACUAAUGAAUAGAAGUAUUUUUUUUAUUUUUUUUUGGAAAGAAGGCAAUAAAUUAUAAGAUUUAAAAGUUAGGCAGGUACCUCUAAAGGA